GGAAUUCUGAAUGCAACACGCCAUACGCGCUUCGCGCCUUCACCGGGAACCGUCGCAGGUGCCAAUGGUCUUCACUCGGGCUAUUCCACCAGAGGACUACGGGAGGACUCGAGGCGUAUAGGCCAACUGGUUCUGGGAUCCCUUUUUGUCCUUGGUAUCGGUGCAUAUGGUUUUCAGAAUGGACUCACGGCUUUUGGACUUGCACCGUUAAUGCUGCACGCCUCUCCUUCUCAGCCGCCAGAGGAUGAGACACAAGACUUACAUUCGCUGCGAAUGUCUGACUCCAACGUGACCUUAAGCUUAUCUGACUCUUCGGAAUCCUCAAACAAUGCCAAUCCUACAUCGAGAACCAGCUCAAAAUAUGGCACUCCAGAAGAGGUGCAAAUGGCCAUCGAAGAGUUACGCAAGGCUUUUCCGGGUGAACACAGGGUAGAAACUGGCCGCAACACUCUGAAAACAUACGGUUCCUCUGAAAAUUCGUAUCAUCCAACUUCUCCCCACUCUGUUGUAGUCCAUGCAGAGAGUACGGACGAUGUCGUCAAGGUUGUCAACAUCUCACGGCGAUACCGAGUUCCUAUCACUGCCUACAGUGGAGAUGAGGGAAGUAUAUGUUUGGACAUGUCUGGAAUGAAUCAAAUAUUGGAGAUCAAUGAAGGAGACGGUGACCUAAAUUGUCAAUCUGGUGUUCGAUGGGAAGACGUCAACAGAAUUCUAAAGGAGAAAGGGAUCCCCUUGUUCUUUCCCCUCGACCCAGGACCAGGCGCAACCAUUGGGGGUAUGAUAGGUACUGGGUGCUCUGGAACCAAUGCAGUCAGAUAUGGCACGGCUAAAGCAGAAUGGUUUUUGAAUGUUACUGUUGUCCUUCCAUCAGGCAAGGUGAUAAAGACUCGCCAACGAGCCCGCAAGUCAUCCGCUGGUUUUGACACAACAAAGUUGUUCAUUGGAGCUGAAGGAACGCUAGGUAUUGUAACUGAAGCUACGCUGCGACUAGCGCCUUUAAUUCCUACGAAAGUUGCCAUGGCCCAAUUCCCUAACGUGGAAAACGCUGUUAGCGCGGUGCAAGAAAUUCUGAACACACCUUAUGGUCCUCAUAUUCAAUGCGUAGAAUUACUUGAUGAUCACAUGAUGGCAGCUAUCAAUAGUGCCGGACUCGUUGAUCAGCCUUACCCAGUCCAAGAUACUUUGUUCUUCAAGAUUCAAGGAGCUGCUGAGUCCAUUGAACAAACGUCUAAGAUUGUUCAGGAAAUCGUUUCGAAGCAUGGUAGUAGCCGAUUUGAAUUUGCUGCGACCGAUCAGGAGGCAGAAGAUCUUUGGGAAAAUCGCAAAUAUGCAUUGCAUUCAACCAUGGCGGCUCAUCCGGGGACUCGGUGUUGGACUACUGAUGUUUGCGUUCCAGUCUCGCUUCUCCCUCGGCUAGUGUACGAGACCAAGCAGGACCUAGCUAAAACUGGGCUAAAAUCUACGAUUGUUGGUCAUGUUGGUGACGGAAACUUCCAUGCUCUCAUCCUAUUCCGCGACGAGGAGGAACUGAAAAUAGUCGAUGACGCUGUCCAUAGGCUGAUAGUUCGUGCUAUUGCAAUGGAUGGAACCUGCACAGGGGAACAUGGAGUCGGUGUAGGGAAAACCGAGUAUCUCACAGAUGAAUUGGGCGAAGAUACAGUGGAGUUGAUGAAAACGAUCAAACGGGCCAUUGAUCCUUUGGAUUUGUUCAAUCCAGGAAAGCUAUAUCCUGGGAGACACGACGAUGGUGAGAAGCAUCACUCUUGAUACUGCGGUCACCUUAGAUUCAGUUCACGUACGCGUUGAUAUCGCAAUUCUGAUUUCUACUUCUACUUGCAAAACACAACGAGAAUGACCGAUUACGAUGGAAUCAUGACUGUACACC